UUAACUGGAAGGUUUCGACCUGAAGGUUUAACUGAACAUCCAUUUCCGCGGAGAGAUCUUAAAUCUACUCAGAACUCGAAACAGCUAUUUUAAAAACCAAAUUAGAUAGAGCUACAAUCGCUUGACCCUUUAGUAAUUACCGCACAUUUGGGUCACCAACGCGACAAUUGAAACCGAGAACCCAAGACUACGAGUAGUUAUUUCGUGCUGACCAAGUGCUUCUUCUGCUUUAUCUGGAACGAGAGUAAUGACGCCAAAAUUCUGUCGAACAACAACUUAAUCUUCAAGUAGAUUACGCGAACUCAAGGUCAACGAAAUUUCCACAAUAUUUUCAUCCCAUUGACUCUAAGUGGGUUAGCAUCAUGGAGUGGCAGUUCUAAGGUUGAUUUGCAAAUUUUCGCGGAAGUUGGGAAAGCAAAUGUUGAUACGUAAACUUGUGUACCUGUUGUGAAUUCAGCUGUGAAGUUCUAGUAUUUAGUGUUUGAGAAAAUCAAUGUUGGAAUCAUUGUUGUGUAAAGUAGGGAAAGUUUAAUUGAAUUAGUGACCAUGUCGAUGAUUAAGUGCUGCUUCGAACCGGUCGAACUCCCCGAGUUCGUGGAGACUGUCGUGCAGAAAUGCACGGAUCCUGGAUGUUGUUGCGGUUGCUGUUCGGCGCUGCGGCCGCGCUACAAGAGGCUCGUGGAUAACAUCUUUCCCGUCAACCCCGAGGAUGGGCUGGUCAAGUCGAAUAUGGAGAAGCUAACGUUCUACUCGCUGAGCUCCCCCGAGAAGCUGGAUCGGAUUGGAGAGUAUCUGUACCAGAAAGCGACCAAGGACAUCAACCGUAAGAGAUACAAGCUUGUCGAGAUUGCGAUGGAAGCGAUGGACCUCCUUCUGAUGGCUUGCCAUGCCCAGACUCUGAAUCUAUUCGUCGAGUCCUUCCUGAGGAUGGUGCAGAAGCUGCUAGAGGAUUCCAACCCGAAUCUGCAAAUUAUGGCAACGAAUUCGUUCGUUAAGUUCGCCAAUAUCGAAGAAGAUACUCCAUCGUAUCACAGGCGGUACGAUUUCUUCAUCUCGAAAUUCUCUUCGAUGUGCCACGGGAACAACGAGAAUAUUGAGCUGCGGGACAGCAUACGGCUGGCGGGAAUCAAAGGCCUCCAAGGUGUGAUACGUAAAACUGUGUCUGAUGACUUGGUGGAGAACAUUUGGGACAGGCAGCAUAUGGAGAAAAUUGUGCCGUCGCUGCUUUUCAACAUGCAAAACGGUCCAUUGACUGCGACCGAAGACGCAACCCCCACAUCUCCACCGGUUCUCGCAGAAGCUGUGCUUCGCGAGCUGGUAAGCCGUGCGUCGUUCGGACACAUCCGAUCAGUAUUGAAGCCUCUCUUGACUCAUUUGGAUCGUCACGAGCUCUGGGUGCCAAAUCAGUUUGCAAUCCACACGUUCCGCAUCGUGAUGAUUUCCAUUCAGCCGCAAUACUCCUACACCGUCGUCGAGACUCUGAUGCAACAUCUUGACUCGAACAUCAAAUCGUCACCGCAUACGCGAACGUCCCUGGCAGUUGUACUCUCCAAGAUCAUCGCAAUCGCAGCUGGAGAGAGUGUGGGCCCAUCGGCGUUGGAUAUUAUCAAUAACCUACUGACGCAUUUGCGCACGAGUGUGAGCUCAAUGAAGGAAGUUUCUCCCGAGGAGUCGCAAUAUCAGGAAGCGUUAAUCAACGCCCUCGGCGAGUUUGCCAACCAUCACCCAGACUAUCAGAAGAUCGAAAUUAUGCUGUUCAUCAUGAACACCGUCCCAGAUCUUUCAAAGAAAGGCAAGGGCGACCAAAUGCUCCAGAAUAUUCUGUUGAAGAGUUUGCUUAAAGUCGGUACCCAGUACCGAACUGCUUCGUUCGAAAAGGCUUUCCCCGCUUCAUUCCUGCAACCACUCCUGAAAAUGGCUCGUGCUCCUCACGUGCCCACACGUAUUAUUGUGAUGCAAAUAUUCCAGGCUCUGCUGGAUCGCCAUCAGAACCAAGGGAUCCUCUCGAAUGUAACCGUGAAGAAUUACCCAACUUUGUCCCUAGAGAGUGCUUCCAGAUCGGACAUAAUCUUCACUCAUAAAUACGGAGCUAAUAUCAUGCAGGCACUGAUUGAAGGAAUGGCUCUUUCAGAUCGUAUCGACCCCUUGGCGUCGAGUUAUAACACAGCCGCUUUGAUGAUUGUCGAGAUGGCUUGCAGUGAGACGGUCCAGGAGUUCAUUUUGUUCAUACUAGGCAUUCAAGAACUUGCUACAACUAGCAACGACUUAGGGUCCUAUCACAAGUGUAACUUGCACUCCAUUGCUAUCUCACUGUUGAUGUUGUUGGGCCGUGUUACCGGAAUCAAUAACAUAAUAGAAUACGCGCAGAAAAUAAUCGACGCACGGAAAGAGGAAGCGCCAUAUUUCCUGCCGCCGAUGCUGGAUAGUAAGAAGACCACGCAGAAAUACAGCACGAAUUUGCCUCACCUGAUGAUUGACAAGGUGACGCUGACAGAGUGUCUUCAAAACGCCGGCAUGGAUAGUGGGCGCGUGCAAACAGGCAAUCCUUACUCGUUGAGUCAAACCGAUAACCCAGCGCACCGAACUUCCUGGGUCGAAGUUUCUUCAAUGCCGAGCAGGCCCAGUGCUACGGAUUUAUCAAUAUACACCGACGCUGACAGUGUCAACAGUUCUCCAGGUGUUCUGAAGAAAACACUGGCACCAGAACUGAACUUUGAUGCAAUGAAGCGCGCUUUGGCGGAACCAACUGAAUCAGCAAAGAAAGAAGCACGCGAAAAGCAAAUGCAAAUUGUUCGGACAUUCCGUGAAAGUAAUUUUGAUGACUUAGUUCGGAGGACUGAACCCAAGCACGAAUUGAUCCAGAACCGUUUGAAUGAAUUAUUCAACUCGUUGGCUUCAGAGCGUCAAAUCACGCAAACAGAAACUAAAAACACGACAACCCAAAAACCAGUCUAUGAAAAUAAUUUCCCAGAAUUAUUCUACUAUUAAUCAUUGAAGAAAUGUUUAUUGUAGCGGAACGCAAGUAUUUUAUGUUCUAAGGUAUGGAAAAGUAUUUAUUUGGAUUGUAAAAUUCGAAAGGAUCAACUAGAAAUUAUAUUGUUAUUCAAUAAACCAUUCACUGUUAAUUCGA